CGAAUCCGUUUUGAGAGGGAAAAUCCCUCCCUGUCGCUCCGCAUCUCAUUCUUCAAAAUGCCGGGACGGCGCAACAAGCAGCAAGAUUCCGAGCCCGUUAUCGGCCGUCCGCGUCGAAGCCGUGGCCAGGGCGGCGCCAGAGGCCGCGAACGCGGCGGCCCCGCUACUGCUGUCCCCGCUCCUGGUCCUCCGCCAACCUCACGCGCCGUCGCGCCGCCACCGGCGCCAGCUGCAGCGUCGGCUGCAACCCCCAGCGUCUCGUCGCUCGCUCUGGAGCUGGAGGAGAAAGCGCGCAUUCCGGAUGAGCCUCGCCUGUUGCAGCCACUCGUAAACACGCAUUUCCCCCCUCGCCCGGGCUUCGGCACGGCUGGAAGAGCUGUAAAACUGCACGCUAACCACUUCAAGGUCAACUUCAAGUUGGCUGGCGACGUGUUUCACUACGACGUUAUGAUGGCCGAGAGCGGCCGGAGCUUCGGCAACGACGGCCCACCUAAGACGCUAGCCAACAAGAUCAUGGCCGCGCUCUUAGCCGAGCUCAAGCGCCAAUUCCCAGACUUUAUGGUUGUCUCUGACGCCCGUAAGAACAUAUACGCUCCUCGUCGGCUGCCGUUCCAGCUCCAGGAGUUCAGUGGUCUUACACUACCUGAUGAUGGAGGCAGAGCCAGGGAGUUCUCGGCCACUGUGAGGGAAGCCGACCCUGUGGCUAUCCGCAUGCAGCAACUGGACGAGCUCUUUGCUGGACGCUUGAACUACACGCCGUACGACGCACUGCAAGCGCUGGACGUGGCUCUGCGUCACUCAGCAUCGCAGAGAUUCACUGUAGUUGGACGAAACUUGUUCAGUGGCAAUGGCGCCAAAUCUCUCGGAGAAGGAGCUGAGCUCUGGUUCGGCUACUUCCAGAGCUUGAGAGCCACGCAGAAUCGACUUGUGGUCAACUUGGACUUGGCAGCCACCGCCUUCGUAAAGGAGAUGGACGUACUGGAUUUCCUCUGUGAGUCUCUGUCCUUGAGAAACCUGCCACCUUCACUGGCUAAACACCAACACUCUGCGUUCAGUAAAGCCAUUCGUGGAGUCAAAGUGAACAUCACUCAUCGCCCAGGAGUGCGACGCAGCUACCGCGUUAACGGGCUCACCAAGAACAGCGCAGAGCAAACGUUCUUUGAGAACGACGAGGGACAACGCAUGUCUAUUGUGCAGUACUUCCAAAAGACGUACAACCUGCGUCUGCGCCAUCCGAAGCUGCCGUGUCUCCAUGUUGGCGCCCCACAGAACAAGAAUUAUCUGCCCAUGGAGGUUUGCCACAUCAUGGCGGGACAGAAAUGUCCUCGUAAGGUAACGGACAACCAGGUGGCCAAUAUGAUCAAGUUUACGUGCACGCCGCCGGAUCAGCGCAAGCGCUCGAUCGAGCAGAAGUUCCGUGAGGCAGGAUUCAGCACGGACCCGACGCUCAGAGCCUUUGGACUGGAUGUGGAGCCUCGUAUGGUGGAGACUACCGGUCGUCAGUUGCCACCGCCUACGAUCGAGUACAGUGGACGAGCUACUGAAACUCCACGUGACGGAGCGUGGAACAUGCGCGGCAAAAAGUUUAAUACGCCGGCUCAACUCAAGUCGUGGGCUGUUAUCAGUAUGGCAGACGCGAGAUACUGUAACCAGGCCAGUAUUGAGAAAUUCUUCAAGGCUGUGAUGACACAGAUGGGUCAGUUGGGCAUGCGAUGUCCGCCUAAAUUGCCUCCGAUCCUGUUGAAGCAGCGCCGAGAGGACUCAGUGCGUGGAAUGUUCCAGGCCGCAGUGAAUGCUGCCAACCAGACGUUCAAGACCCCGGCGCAGAUCAUCUGGAUGAUCAAUCCGAGAAUGGAUGCACACGCUUAUGGAGAGUUGAAGCUGAUGUCCGACAGUGAAGCUGGUAUGGGUAUUCUGUCACAGUGCAUGCUGUCGAAGCAUAUCCAGAAGUGCAACCCUCAGUAUAUCGCCAAUAUUCUGAUGAAGGUGAACACCAAGUUGGGUGGGAAAAAUGGCAUUAUCAGUGGCCCAUUGCCGCGUGUAUCGGCGUCGCGUACCAUUAUCUUUGGUGCCGAUGUCACGCACCCAAGUCCCAUGGACAAGAGUCGCCCCUCUGUCGCUGCUGUUACGGCGUCUAUGGACCCGAAUUUCAUCCGACAUGCAUCGGCGAUCCGUGCACAAGGCCACCGUGUCGAGCAGAUUAUGAACCUUAAAGAUAUGGUAGUGGAACUGAUGAAGCAGUUCUACCGCCAGACGCGUGGCAAACCGGACCGCAUUGUCUUCUAUCGCGAUGGAGUGAGUGAAGGACAGUUCCACAUGGUGCUGAAUUACGAAGUCACGGCCAUCCGUGAAGCUUGCCAGACGCUGGAGGUCGGUUAUCUACCCCCGAUCACGUUCGUUAUUGUCCAGAAGCGCCACAAUACCCGUCUGUUCCCUGACACUCCGAGAGAUGCUGAUCGCAGUGGCAAUGUCAAGGCGGGAACUGUUGUCGACACUGCUAUCUGUCACCCGAUUGAGAACGAUUUUUACUUGAUGAGCCACGCUGGACUGCAAGGCACCAGUCGCCCCACGCACUACCACGUGCUGCUGAAUGAGAUCGGCUUUACGGCGGAUGAAUUGCAGACGCUCACUUACAAACUGUGUUACACGUUUGCGCGAUGCACUCGCUCCGUCUCCAUGGUGCCGUCGGCCUACUAUUCGCAUCUCGUGGCGUUCCGUGCGCGGUUCUUCCUGGCGGAAGGUAGUGACACUGCCUCAACUGUCUCGGGCUUCAGUGAGACUGCACCGGAAACGGACACGCGUAUGUACGACUUGCACCAAUCCAUGAAGGGCGAGAUGUACUUCGUGUAAACGUGCGACGGUGUUGGUUCAUUGCCGUUGACGGCAAUCGCCAGCGUGGACGGUUUUGAAUUUUCAAGAGUAUCCGCCGCGCAUUUCAUUUUAUGAGUCGCUUUUCCGCCGUUUUCUGUGUUACGAAUGAUGGUGUGUGAUGAGGACGACGUCGCUUGGGUAAACAGAGUGCAUAUACCAGUGGGAGAUCUAAGAAACGAAGUGGUGAGCUAUCACCGCUUUGUUUCGACCUAUGACCAGCGGCUAUUGUGGCAGAAACGAGAAGGUACGUAAGGUCGGAUCUAUCCUAAAGCAAAAUGAACGUAGCAUGAGUGUUCGUU